AUGGAAAAUAGCACUGAGGAAGAUUUCACCGAUCUCUACGGCGAUGACGAAGCCUUCGUGGGCUCUGGACCUAUGCCCGUUGAGCAGCAGCAGCAAGAGGAACCGAAGUCCAUACAGAAGGGCGACUUCAACCCGGAACCCUCCGUUGGCGACAAACGACCUCGAGAGGAAGACCCGGAGGAACAGAGGCAGCAGCAGCCUCAGCAACACGCGCUGCCUCAAAAUCCGAAGACGGGACAAUCGCCCACCCCCAAUGCGGGCGCGAAUGGCAACUAUAAUGGGGGCCAGAUGAUGAACAUGUCGGGAGGCAUGGGUGCUGUGAACGCUAUGUCUGGAUACGAUGCUUUGUACAUUGGCGAUCUGCAAUGGUGGACGACCGACGAAGACCUUCGACAAGUCGCGUUAAACGUCGGCGUCACGAUUGAUCACAAGGAUAUCACGUUCUCGGAGCACAAGGUGAACGGGAAGAGUAAGGGCAUCGCAUAUAUCGAAUGUGGAUCACCCGAAAACGCGGCAGCGUUGAAAGAAUGGUUCGACAACAAUGACUUCCAAAAUCGCCGCGCAACGGCGACCCCCACCAACUCCGCGCAGGGCAAUCCGUUCCGUACGCUCCCCAAAGAGCCCCCUUCACGCGAGGGCCGUGCGCACGCAAACCAGCCUAUACCUACCAGUGGCGGCGAAGGCGGUGGCCGCGGUCGCGGUGGCUUCCGUGGCGGACACAACAACAACAUGGGCGGGAACAUGGGUGGCCAAUUGCCCAUGCGCGGUGGCAUGAUGGGAGGUAACAUGGGCCUGAUGCGCGGUGGUAUGAUGAACGGCAUGAACCCCAUGGGAAUGGGCAUGAUGGGCAUGAACGGCAUGGCCAUGGGCAAUAUGGGUAUGGGCAUGAACAUGGGCGGCCGGGGCAUGGUCCCGCAAGCCCCGAGGGGCAACCUGAUGGGCGGCGGGUUUGGCGGGCGCGGCGGCGGCGGCAUGAUGAACGGUAUGGGUAUGUACGGCUCCAACAUGUAG